GGUCCUUCCUUCCGGCCGCCAUCUCGCCGUGCCCGCGUGCCGAUCCCGGCCCCGCGUCCUGCCCGCCGCCUCCAGCCGCGCUCCGCGCCCCUCCGCUCGCCGAGAUGAAGGAGACCAUCAUGAACCAGGAGAAGCUGGCCAAGCUUCAGGCCCAAGUGCGCAUCGGUGGCAAGGGUACUGCCCGCAGAAAGAAGAAGGUUGUUCACAGAACAGCUACAGCAGAUGAUAAAAAGCUUCAGUUUUCAUUGAAGAAACUGGGAGUCAACAAUAUUUCUGGAAUUGAAGAGGUAAACAUGUUUACCAAUCAAGGAACAGUCAUUCACUUCAAUAACCCAAAAGUUCAGGCAUCUCUGGCUGCUAACACUUUCACUAUCACCGGCCAUGCUGAGACAAAGCAGCUGACAGAAAUGCUGCCUAGCAUCCUAAACCAGCUUGGAGCUGACAGUCUGACCAGCCUCAGGAGAUUGGCAGAAGCCCUACCCAAGCAAUCUGUGGACGGAAAAGCACCACUUGCCACUGGUGAAGAUGAUGACGACGAAGUUCCAGAUCUUGUUGAAAACUUCGAUGAAGCUUCGAAGAAUGAGGCAAACUGA